UACGAGCGUGGUUCCGUGGAAUGCAGUUUAGUUUAUCGUUGCGAGACACGCAGUUUUUUGAUCUUGUACGGUAGCCAACCAGCUAAUUUCGUAUAUUACAGCAGAAUCAGCUGUUUUUCGAGGCAUUUUCCUAACUUUAUACGCAGUAUUCGUCGCCUCAGGCUUGUGUACAAGUGUCUUAACUUAGAGAACUUAAAAUUCAAGAUAUUUCCUUUGAAAUUUGUGACAUGAUCAGUUGCAAGAAAGUAUAUGCCGAUUAAACAGACUAUUUUAUCCAAAGUAUACGAGCUUCGAUUUAUAUAUGCAAACUUAGAUGUUAUAUUAGUAAUUAUAACAACGUGGGUCGUUGCUGAAAAUGGACGAUGUAUUUGAAGAACCGGGAUCUACCAGCGCAUAUCACAAACUAAUCCUAGCAAGUUUGAUAAUCACUACAAUACCUCAAGGAAUGGUAAACUUUUCGCCAGUUUUUGUGUUUCACGCACCGCCGCAUAGAUGCCUGGUUCCGGAGAUUGAUCACCAAAACGAUAAUCAAUUCAACAAUCCAUAUUUGUUCAAUUAUAUUCCUGCAUCGACAGAAAAUAACGAAACGUUGAGUAAUUGCCGAAGAUUUACUGUUCAAGUCCACAAGAAUCAAUCUGCUGAAAAUUAUAUUCAAAUAAAUAGAAGUGCAAUCGAACAGUGUGAAGAUGGAACUGUAUAUGACAAUAAUGACGACAAGACAACUGCGACGAUGGAGUUCAAUUUAGUAUGCGACGAUGAAUGGAAAAGACCGUUUUUGACAUUGAGUUAUUCGAUAGGUGCUCUCAUUAGUGGAAUAAUUGCUGGAGCAAUAUCAGACAAGUUCGGUAGACGAGUUGCUACUCUUGGAUGCGUCACAAUUUUAAUGUUGGUUAUUUUCGGAUACAGUUUGGCAGUGAAUUAUUGGAUGAGCUGGUUUUGUUUUUUGUCGUAUGGAACGGGAGCCAGCAUAACGUAUAGCUUGACAUUUGUCCAUGCGCAAGAACUGGUCAAAAAAGAACAUAGAGACGUCGUUGCGUGCCUUAUCAAUAUUUGUAUGUCUUGUGGUUAUAUGAUGAUGACAUUCAUUGCAUAUUUCUGCACCUACUGGAGAUGGAUAAUAAGAAUUCCUGGAUUCUUUUGUAUCUUUUUUAUGACGUAUUACUGUUAUUUGCCGGAAUCUCCUCGUUGGUUGAUGUCUAGAGGAAGAAAAAACGAAGCAAUAGAUAUUGCAAAACGAUUUUUAAAAAAAUCGAAGUUUUCGGAAGUAUUGCUUGAACGUAUUCAAAAAUCAAAAAUGAACGAUGAAAUUGAGCUGAGCAAUUCUGAAUCGAAGAAUCAAAAACACAUCAGUUUUUGGAAAUCCUUAUCGAUGCUUUUUCAUAACAGAAUUUUGCUGAAAAGAAUUUUGGUUUUAUGUUGGUUAUGGAUAGUUUCGUUCGUUUGUUAUUUUACAUUUGGAUACAACACAUCUAACCUUGGAGGCAGUAUAUAUUGGAAUAGUUUUCUAUCAGCUGCAGCAGAAAUACCAGGAUGGAUAGUUGCUUUAUUUGCACUAAAAAAGCUUGGUCGUCGUUUAUCACUAUCUGUAGCAUUUUCAUUAUCAGCAAUGUGCCUCAUUUUAUGCCCACUACUCGGAUCAUAUGAAAAAGCGAGUAUUGCGGUGGCAAUGACUGGGAAAGUAUUUUCAUCAUCAAAUAUGGGGAUGGUUUAUUUAUACACAGCCGAACUUAUUCCUACAAUAUUGCGAAGUACCGGUGUUGGAAUAGCUUCUACCUCGGCUAGGGUAGCAUGUUUGAUGGCGCCCUUCCUUGCUUUCUCAGGUGAAGUUUCUGGAAAAUGGAUUCCCUUCUAUGUCAUGGGAGGUUUAAGCUUACUUGCCGCACUUCUAACGCUUGUUCUUCCCGAAACAAGGCAUUCCUCGCUUCCGGAAACUUUGAACGACUCGGUUGAACUUGAAAAAUUCAGAUUGUCAAGCACGUGUACUUCAAGUGGAGGUACUGAAUCUGAUACGCCAACUACGGAUGACGAGAAGUUCAUUGAAGAUAGUACCUCAGUAUGAUUAUACCGAAAGAAUAUUACCAUGCAUAACUUUAUAUUUU